AUGUCUCUCUCUACGCUGAAAAGUGUUAAUCAUGUCGCCGGACUCAUCACGUCAGAGCAGGUGGCUCUAGAUCUUUUUUUCGCAGAAGGAGUCAUCGCUCCCAUCCGAAAGUGCAAAAAAUGUGGACGUGAUAUGGUUCUUCGCAAAAGAAAGGAAACUUUCGAAGGUAAACAAAUCGAAGGAUUGCUCAACGGAGGUAUCAGGAAAGGAUCGUGGCUUGACAAAACACGAAUUUCUCUGAAAGAUGCAAUUUUGACGAUCGUGCUCUGGAUUAAUAGGUACUCUUCUACGAUGAUUCGAAAUGAGACAAAACUAAAUCCGGGAACAGUUGUCGAUUUUCGUAAUUAUCUUCGGAACGCUUGCACUGAAAUUCGUGAGACUUACGUUAAACUUGGUGGGCCGAAUUCUGUUAUUCAAAUCGACGAGUACGCGGUGCAUAGCAGGAAGUACGGAAGAGGAGAAGCCGAUCGGGAGUUGACAUGGAUCCUUGGUGCCAUUGAAACAGGUUCCAGAAAGUGUUUCGUACAAAUUGUACCGAAUAGAUCUAUGUCGACUAUGAUUCCAAUACUCAGAAGAUGGAUCUCUCCGGAUAGUACCGUUUGGACUGAUAGCCACAAAAGCUAUAGCAGUCUGAACAAGUACUUCAGACACCACGAGACGGUCAACCAUUCAAUAGAAUUUACGAAAGUCGGGCCAGAUGGGACGAUUAUCCACACGAAUUCUAUUGAAUCGCUAUGGAAGAGACUCAAAACCCCUCUCAAGGAGAUGAAUGGAACUUCUGAAGCUCUUCUCCCAUCGUAUCUCGACGAAUUGGUGGUGAGAGAACACGAAGCAGAUGGAUUUGCUGGAGCCAUUUGGAACUACAUCAAAAAUUUCAAAUAA